GACCGAGGAGGAGGUUCCCCAGGAGCCGGUGAGAAACAGAGUUGAGGGCACAGAAGACCCGCUCGGGGCUUCUGUGAGGGAAGGGCUGGGGCAAGGCUGCAAGAUGAAGGUUCUGUGGGCUGCGCUGGUGGUCGCGCUCCUGGCAGGAUGCUGGGCCGAUGUGGAGCCGGAGUCGCCGCUGGAGGAGAACCUGGAGCCCGAGCUGGAGCCCAAGCGGGAGCUGGAGCAGGAAGUGGAGCCCGAGGCCGGGUGGCAGGCUGGCCAGCCCUGGGAGCUGGCGCUGGCCCGCUUCUGGGAUUACCUGCGCUGGGUGCAGACGCUGUCUGACCAGGUGCAGGAGGAGGUGCUCAGCAACCAGGUCGCCCAGGAACUGACGACGCUGAUGGAGGAGACCAUGAAGGAGAUCAAGGCCUACAGGGCGGAGCUGGAGGAGCAGCUGGGCCCCAUGGCCUCGGAGACACAGGCCCGCGUGGCCAAGGAGCUGCAGGCGGCGCAGGCCCGGCUGCGCUCGGACAUGGAGGACGUGCGCACCCGCCUGACGCUGUACCGCGGCGAGGUGCAGGCCAUGCUGGGCCAGAGCACCGAGGAGGUGCGGGCGCGCUUCGCCUCGCACAUGCGCAAGCUGCGCAAGCGGGUGCUGCGGGACGCCGAGGACCUACAGAAGCGCCUGGCCGUGUACCGGGCCGGGGUGCGCGAGGGCGCAGAGCGCAGCGUGAGCACCAUCCGCGAGCGCCUCUGGCCGCUGCUGGAGCAGGCCCGCACGCGCCACGCCAAGGUGGACGCCCUGGCCACCCAGCCACUGCGCGAGCGCGUCAACGCCCUGGGCCAGCAGCUGCGCGGGCGGCUGGAGGAGGUGGGCAGCCGCGCCCGCAGCCACCUGGACGAGGUGCGCGAGCAGAUGGAGGAGGUGCAGGCCAAGAUGGAGGAGCAGGCCAACCAGAUGCGCCAGCAGGCCGAGGCCUUCCAGGCCCGCCUCAAGAGCUGGUUCGAGCCCCUGGUGGAAGACAUGCAGCGCCAGUGGGCCGUGCUGGUGGAGAAGGUGCAGGCGGCCGUGAGCACCAGCCCCACCACCCCGCCCGUGGAGACCAAAUGAGUACUCCGCGCGCGCACGCGCGCCGCCUGGUGGGGCCCGCCCCUGCCCGUGCCCCCUGCCUCCCCACCCCCCGACCCCAGCCUCCAGGAGGCGCUGUCCCGGCCCCAACCGGCCUCCUGGAGGGCCCUAGCUUAAUAAAGAUUCACCAAGCUCCACAGCA